AUGAUAGACCCGCGCACAAAGUGCGCCAGGGGGAGCCGUGCUGUCACAGUGCUUCAAAAGGCACCCCACGGUCAGCGCCCACCCUCACCCGCACCAUCACCCUCUGCCUCUGUGUCUGCCUCUGUGUCUGCCUCUGUGUCUGCCUCUGCGUCUGCCUCUGUGUCUGCCUCUGUGUCUGCCUCUGUGUCUGCCUCUGUGUCUGCCUCUGUGUCUGCCUCUGUGUCUGCCUCUGUGUCUGCCUCUGUGUCUGCCUCUGCGUCUGCCUCUGUGUCUGCCUCUGUGUCUGCCUCUGUGUCUGCCUCUGUGUCUGCCUCUGUGUCUGCCUCUGUGUCUGCCUCUGUGUCUGCCUCUGUGUCUGCCUCUGUGUCUGCCUCUGUGUCUGCCUCUGUGUCUGCCUCUGUGUCUGCCUCUGUGUCUGCCUCUGUGUCUGCCUCUGUGUCUGCCUCUGUGUCUGCCUCUGUGUCUGCCUCUGUGUCUGCCUCUGCGUCUGCCUCUGCGUCUGCCUCUGCGUCUGCCUCUGUGCUGACCCCUCUUUGUUGGCCCUCUCGUUCCUUUCGCAAUUCAUCCUCUCCUGCUGCACAUGCUGCCUCCUUCCCUUACCCCUCUCCACGCAUCUCUGCCUCGUAUCUCUGCAGCUCGGGUGCUCGUAGCGGGCUCAAAUUCGCGGACUGGCAGUGGUGGCCGCACACCCUCAACGCACACAGGUUGGUGCAUGCAGCAACGCAGCAGGGAAAGGGGAGUGCAGCGAAGCAGCGGCUGUUUGAGAUGACGUACGAGGAGGGACGCAACGUGUCUGACGCCUCCGAGCUGGCUGCUGCUGCUGCUGACCUCGGCCUCUUUCACAUCGACUCUCCCGCCUACUUCGAAUCGGAAGAGGGAAAGCGGGAGGUGCUGGAGGACGAUGCGUACGGAAAGGACAAGCUGAGGAUCACUGGGGUUCCCUUCUUUCUUGUCGACAGCAAGUUUAGUAUCGCGGGCUGCCAGAUCCUUGUGGAGGAGCUUGGUGCCUGGCCAACCAUCCUCAUUCCUUCCUGCCACGCGAAUGUUCCCCUUUUUUCCAAGGCGACGAGCGUGCGACUCGCAGAGGUUGCGAAUGUCGCGUGCCCUGCCGCCGUGCCGCUGUUCCUGCCAAACGACUUUGGAGGCGACGCGGUGUGGGGACAGUCACCAGGAUUCGGAAAGGGAGCCGCCGCUUUCCCCGCUGCGAGCCCCCCCCCGCACCGCGGCUCGUGGACGGACGACGCGAACUGCUGCAAGACGAAGCGCCGAACCGCGCUCGGACGUGACGACGAGCUGGCGGGAGUGCGGCACGCUCUGGGUUGGGACAGCACUGAGGGUACAGAAGGUGAGGGAGAGGAGAGCGGCUGCAGCGACAGUAACGUUGAGGCGGAAGGUGAUUCGUCCGACGGUGAUAGCUUCGCCACUCGAUGCGAUCUCUUCUCAAGCUCUGACGAGUCCGACAUUCUUCUUCGCGACUCGCUCUCUGGUCUAAGCCGGCAGAGCUCUUUCGUGGGCGACAGCAUUCCCCAAUCUCCGCCGCGGUUCUCGCCGCCAGAUGCGGGAUCCCCCCGGUCGUGCACUUCGGGGGCCGUGUCGCCCAUGUCCGUGCUACCCGCGCCGCUGGUAUUGUCGCUGUCCACAUCGUUGGGUGAGAUGGCGGAGGUAGAGGCGGAAGAAGACGCGCUGCUCAUGCUGCCCAUCGCGUGGGACGAUGCGUGGGCGGAAGGGGACGCGGACGCGAUAGCCACGGCGGCGGCGGCGGCGGCGGCGGCGGUGGCGGCCGGAACUUCUGCACCUUGGUCACGACAGGCGACGCCGUGCCCUCGAUCUCCAUUCGCUACUCCUCCGCCUCGCAAAUCUGGCGCCCCGCCAAUCCCGCGCAAUGAUCCUCUUCCGCCUGCCUGGAGCCACGCAACCGCGCACUCUCCUUCCGGGCGGUGCAACCUCCGCGCCCGCAACAGCCCCACCCAGAAUAGUUUAAACCACGGACAGACCCAGUUCCCCGGAGACGCCUGCGCAAGUUCCCGCAGCCCUGUGUCUUCCGCCAAUGCGCGCAACCAUCAGCGCCCAGCCGCGCACCAUCUCCCCCGAUCGGUGCCUUCCCGGGGUCCGUCCGCUCCCCACCCUUCGCCCACCGGCUUUCCGCAUCAGCACCAGCAGCCACAGCCUUUCCGCGCAUGGCCUGCGUCUGGCUCCGUGCUCCCGCCCAUUGGCGCAUGCGCACGCAACAACUUCCGCCACCCCCUCAUUCCCGCGCCUAUGCAUGUCCCUGUUCACAUGGGCAUGCCCAUGGGCAUGCUCGGUAUGCCAAUGCCUGGUCCCAACCACCCACCCAUGGCAAUGCAUCAUCACCACGCGCACAUGCAUAUGCCUGUUGCCAUGGCUAUGCCAAUGACCAUGCCCGUCCAUCCCCUAACCCUAUCCUCCGUUCGCGUCCACCUACCCCCGCAUCUCGCGUUCCCUUGCCGUCCAUUCCCCGGGACUGGACUUGCGGGAAAGCCCGGCAACGGAGGGGCUCCGCGGAGCGGCGGGAAGGCGGAAAAGUUGGCGGGUGUAGGGGGGGUUGCUGGGGCUGCUGCGUCUGCAAUGGCGGCGGAAGGGUCAUCGGGCACGGGGGUGUUCCUCCCCCGCACCAGUGCUGCGGAUUCGUGUGGUGCCGUGGGUGGAGGGGAACCAGUGGCCAUUUGA